UUACUGCAUUUCAUAUGACAGGACGUACAUUUUUUCCAUAAAUCCAUGAAAUCCAAACUAGCACAAAAUCCGCAGGACUAGUCCUACAGAUCCGUGCAAUGUUACCUCUGCCUGCACAGCUGAGCUCUCAUUUCACUCCAGGGGCAGUGAGAGCUGCGUUUUUGAUGGAAGGCUCAAUUUCUGUCUUGCAGGAAGAGUCCCGAACCACAUAAUCUGAUUUCCCCAGCUAAAGGACAACCUUCUCCUGAGUGACUUGUCCCUGCAGGCAGGGAGACCUUCUGCCUGCCCAGGGACAACAAAUGGCCCAGGUGGAGCGAGGGCAGCUGCACCCAAUGAGUGGAGGCAGAGGAGCUGGAAUGGAUUAAGAGCUGUUAAGUCCAGCUGGCUUUGCUUUUCCGGUGAGGAAUAAUCUCUGGAAACUUGGACAGGAUCCUUUGGCUCACACUAGAAAAGGGAAAAUUUCUUCCUAACCUGCCAGCCUUUCUCCUGUCCAGCAGACCGGGCACUAGAGAGGCUCUGACCAAGUGCUCAGAGGGCUUCAAAGACCUUCCUUCUGCUCUCCACCACACUUCUGCCUCUCCCUACAGUUACAAGGAAGCCACUUAUUUCCUCAUUGCUCCGGGUUCUCUGCCACCUUAUGAUAUAAUAUUUACUUACCUUUUCAAAGCAUUUUAAAUCUCCCUAGGAAUGCAUUAUAAAAGUGCAUUAGUGUUAUUACUACUCUCCGUUGUGUAACUUGGAGAAAUAGCUUACGUAAGGCUGGCUCCUCUGUCCCCUCUCUGACCCCCAUCCAUUGUCCCAGUGCUGCUGCCUCCUCCCCACCACAGCAAUAAUUAAGCUCUGGUUUCCCAGUAUCCCCCCUCAGGCUCCUACCCAGCCCUUGGGGAAUAACCAUCCAGUCCCCUCUACAUCCCUCCAGAGAUGGGCAGCUUUGGAUUCAAAGGUCCUGCUGCUUCUCUCUCCACACCUCUGUGGGACAUGCCUGCAUUAUAGCCCCAAUAUAAGUUUUCAGAGGCUUCAGAAUAACUUGUAUGGUCUCAAAGCCCCCUUUUCUGUCAUCUCUGAAGCACCCCAUCAACAAAAAACUUACAUAUUUCUUUAUAACUAUGACAUGAGUUUUAUCAGGAGGACAUUUUUAAUCUUUUACCCUCAUACUCUCUCAGACUAAGCUUUCACAAACCAAGUAUAGUAGGACGGUAAGAGCAGCCAUUUAUUAUCCUAAAGUAGAAUGUACUCAGAUGUGAUGGUGGGAAGACCGAAGCUCCUGAUGGGGAUGACAUAGCUGAAUGCUGAUGUGCUACUGACUGUGACCUGCUUUCUCCGCCACAACGUUUUUCUUUUUAGUAGAGCCAUGGUGUCAUGGAAAGGGAUAUAUUUCGUACUUGCACUAUUCUUGGGAAGUUUUUUUGGAAGUAUAUUCAUGCUUGGUCCUUUUCUACCUUUGAUGUUCAUCUCACCUGCCUGGUAUCGUUGGAUCACCGAUUCCAUUGUUGCCACUUGGCUCACACUCCCAGUGGCCUUGCUGGAGAUGGUGUUUGGUGCCAAGGUGGUUGUCACUGGUGACGGAUUUGUUCCUGGAGAAAGGAGUGUCAUUAUCAUGAACCAUCGCACCCGAAUGGACUGGAUGUUCCUGUGGAACUGCCUGCUGCGAUACAGCUACCUCAGACUUGAAAAAAUCUGUCUCAAAUCCAGUCUCAAAAGCAUUCCGGGAUUUGGCUGGGCGAUGCAGGUUGCUGCCUUUGUUUUCAUUCAAAGAAGGUGGGAAGAUGACAAGAGCCACUUUGAAAAAAUGCUGGAUUAUUUCUGUGACAUUCAUGAACCACUACAACUCCUCAUCUUUCCAGAAGGAACUGAUCUCACAGCCAAUACCAAAGCCCGCAGUAAUGAAUUUGCUGAAAAGAACGGACUUCAAAAAUACGAGUACGUCUUACAUCCGCGAACUACUGGAUUCACUUUUGUGGUUGAGCGUCUAAGGGAAGGUGACAAUCUCGAUGCUAUCCAUGACAUAACCGUGGCGUACCCCCAAAACAUUCCUCAGACUGAGAAGCACCUUUUGAACGGAAACUUCCCAAAGGAGAUUCACUUCCACGUCCAGAGAUAUCCCAUAGAGACAGUGCCCACUUCCAAGGAGGAGCUGCAGCUCUGGUGCCGGCAGCGUUGGGAGGAGAAAGAGGAGAGACUCCGACGUUUCUAUGAAGGUGGAAGGUGCUUCAGCACCACGGGGCAAAGCAUUAUCCCACCGUGUAAAUCCGAGCUCAGGGUCCUGGCGGUGAAAUGCAUCUCCCUCCUCUAUUGGACCGUAUUCCCACCGGGAAUGCUCGUGCUGCUGUACCUCUACAGCUUGGCACGCUGGUAUUUUGCAGCCAUGAUCAUCUUUUUCGUUGCCCAGCAAAAGAUAUUUGGUGGGCUGGAACUCAUUGAACUCGCUUGCCAUCGGUAUUUUAAAAACCGACAGAAAUUUCAUGGCAUGAAAAUGAAAACCAAUUAGUUCCGGGGUAGGGAAAGGCAUAAAAAUGGGUGGUUUGGAGAUGUCCUGCAAAUUUUAUGCACAGGGGAAGAAUUUUUGCAUGAGAAUUGUCUUUUACUAUUGCCAUUGUUAGACAUUUGCACUCGAUUCUGUGAAAAGAAAGAAAAAUGUUAGUUAUUGCUACAUGUGAAAAUGGUAGUUUUUAUCUCUGAAUGUAAUGUCAACAUUGCUCUCGCAAGCAGCUACCAACUGCAUUCUGCUGUAAUUAAGAAACAAAUUGCUGGAUUAUUGAACAAUCGUAAGGACGUUAAUAAAUGUGACUAAAUGCACUGAACUUUCAUGUAGAAACCCCAACUGUCCGGCUAAAAGAGACAGAAGGAUGAUUUCUGUGUAAUCACGUCAUAAAGCGAGCACCGGAUUUGGGAAGCUGGUAAGUUGAACAAUGUUUUGAUGGUAGGUGGAAGCUGGAGGAUGAGUUGUUCUCUCUCCUUUUUUUUUUAUUUUUUCUCUUUCAAAUACUCAAACCUGUUUUUUAAAAUCAUAUUUUCACAUCAGCUUUUUCAAACACUACUGAACCUACCGCUCUUGGUCACCCAGGAGGAUUUUCAAGCCUUGCAGCCUUGUGUUAUAGGACGGAAAACAGUGCUGGCUCUGCCUCCCUUUAAGUCUUCACUGAUUAUUUAAUAGACCUAUGCAGCUAAAUUUUCAUUUAUCGCUGUUUCAUCCUGUUUUGGUCUCCCUGUUAGCUGUAGCAGACUUGUUUCUACUGUAGUAUGCAGAGCUGUGGGACAGGAGAGCUAGGUUUUUGUUGGUUUAUUGGUGUUUUUUUUUCUGGUAGAGGCAAAAAGAAGUGUCUGUCUCUGAGUAGCUGGCAAAUGUUUUUCAAAAAGGUCUCUUCGUAGACAUUAUUUGACUGAAAACAUUUUAUUUAUUUUUCAGAGUAGGCAAGAUAGAUAUAUAUAUAUAUUUUUUAGCAUUUAUUUUGGUUUUCACAUUGCUUCCUUAGACAUUUCAAGUGUCCCUAUAGAUAAGCAGGAAGAUUGCUUGCUCUGUGCAUAUCAGCCAGACCUGCUGAAAUGCAUCUGAUGCAGUGGUUGUCUCCUUGUGAGUAGGAGAGAUGGGUUUCAGCCUGUCACAGCACGGGGAAAUCGAGCUUCAUCUUCCCUUUGCGGUAUUUUCUUUGAUUCCUGAUGACAUCGUUACUUUUCCGACCUCCUUCACGAUUUUUGGGUUCUUUUGGGGCACCCACUAUAAUACUUGCCCUUAUUUUCGUGACAUUCAGGAAAGAUGAAGGCUUAAACCUGGACAAGGCACUUCCAGUUGUGUUCCUUGUCAUAUAUAAUGCAAGUCAUGUUCAUGGUCACAUAGUAAAAGACAUAAACGUUGCCAGCACUUAGGAGACACUUCACCUUAGAUUUGAUUUUCAACCUCAAGAAUGUUAGACCACUCAAUCAACUGUGUCGCUGCAAAACCUUCCUGAUUUACUAAAUAUUUGUUGUUUAGUGCAUGAAGGCUUGUUUAAGUUAACCCUAUGUGGCCUGGCUCCAUACGUUGCGUGACAUUGCCACGAAGUAUGGAAGUACAGGGUGCAAAAUGUAUUGCGUUGAAUACCUGAAGUGUUGGGUCGGCGUGGUAGACACAUCUGUUUUCUUCUAAAUUACAGCACUAUCAACAUAUUGUCUAAUGUGUUUGUAUCAAAGGCCAUUUUCUGAACGAAUCACCAGCCUCUAUUCAACUGUCCCUUGCAAGGUGACAGGUAUUUUUUAAUCUAUGCUUAUAAUAACUAAUUGUUUCUUAUGUGGAAAGUACUUGAAGCCAUCUAUUUUACUCUGAUUUUUUUAAUCCCUUUUUUCUUAAAAACAAAUAAAACUCGGUUUAUAUUUAGGGUUAUGUUUCUUAAUGAUUUUUUUCAUAUUUAUAUUUGAGUACCUGAAGACUGACAACUGGUGUUUCAUUGUCACGAGUGGAAAGAGAUCCUUUCUGAACCCUGAGGACUUUUUAAAAUGUAAUUCUGUGAUAUGGAAGGCAUGGUUACAGCUUAAAUCUACACAGCCUCGUUUUUCUUCAGCUAAUUCUUUGCUUUGGUGCAGUUCCCUGCACAUCCAGGUAACGAGUCGCAAGGGAAAAACCUAAAAAAACUCAUUUCUGGUUGAUGCAGAGAGCUAUAGGGUUCUUCUGAUCUGUCCUGAGCCAGGGCUGUGCUUUCACACCAGGAGAGGCCAUGGCCACCCUACUCCAAUAGCCUUAAUGUAGUCUUCAGGAGUGGCUUCAGAGGACAGGUUACGUAUGUUGGCAACAUAAAUACCAGCUUUGCUUUUUUUUCAGUCCUUCAGAGAACUUUGUGGUGUCAUCAAAUGUUAUCAGAAACAUCAAUGUGAGUCUUGGUGAAAGAUUUUAUGUCUCUGUGUGUGUGAUUAGCAUUGGGCUCAGAAAAUGAAAUCAAAUGCAAUCCCAUAGUUGACCCUUCUGAGAGGUUUUCUCCCAGCUGGAACCUACUGUGAUGUGAUGAAAUCUGUAAUUCAUCCUCCUCUCCCAUCUACUUGGGCUGAAGAGACAAAAUAAUGUUCUUGUCAGCUGCAGAUGCCAGGUUUGCAGCGCCUGACUCCGUCGUGCAGGGCAGCACGUGGUGAGGGAGCAGUCCUCAUCUCAAGAGGAAGAGGGUUGGCUUGGUGAUGGAUGUAGAUGUUCAGAUUGCGUGCCUCGUUUUCCAACUCAAUUAGAAAUGCAAGACGGGGAAAAAUGGAAUUAAAAGGAAAAGCUUUGUGGAUAUAGAAGAGUCUUUGUUUAGAACAUGGUUAAGGAACUGGGGGAAGAUCUUGCUGCAAAUGCUUUUGGUUUUUUCCUCUUUGGUCAAAAUGUAGCUUUUUAUUCAAAAGGUUUUAAUAUACAGAUUUUUUGGAGACUGUUUUGUUAUUACCCUGUGUCCUUAUUCGGAGUACACUAAGGUGGCACUUAGGCACGUGGUUUUGUUGUGAACUUGGAAGCGUUAAGUUUAUGGUUGGACUUUGACCUUACAGGUCUUUUCUCACCUAAACAAUUCAUAUGAUUCUGUGCUGGGUAAAUCACUUGGGAAUGUUUUUGAUGCUGUAGGGUGCAAGGUGCUAGUUCUCCAGGAAUCACACACCCUCCUCUUUCAUGGGAGGCAAGGCACCGAGCCUCGUCUCACUCAUUAGCACGGAGGUUGUCACCACUCACCUUCUCCCAGGUGAGUGGUCCCAUCAGUGACUGCUCUUGUCUGUGGGACCUACAGGUCUUGCUUACCCUGGUUGAGAUGAAUGACAUGAUUUAAGGAUGCUGCUCUCCUUGGCUUAAUCAAAUGGUUUCCUCGUUAACCUUGAGGGGGGUGGUUCUCUCUCUGCUCAGCACAGAUGGUUGCAAUCCUGCCGUCCCCUGUUUGCCAUCAGGCUUGUCUGGGUUGCAGGAGUUCAGACCAAGGCAUUUCUCUCUUGGCUUCAAAGCUGCAGGGCCCGAAGCUGGUCUGUGAGGUGUUGUCUUUAUCAUAGGAAAUGUAGUUUCCUUGUUUUGUGCGUUGCAUCACUCUGUUGUUUAAAAAAGGAUCUGUCUUUUUAUGACUUGAUUUUAUAUGUACACUGUGUGAAAGGAAACACCAGGAUACUACAAACCUACAGAAAGCCUUAGUUUUCAGAGUUCACUGAUUAUAUUAGAACGUUUUAACCAUGUACCGGUUACUCUACAGCAAAAAUAAAGACCUGAAGCAUUGCACAUGUC